GAAAAGAGAGAGGGAGGCCUGGGAGGGUGAGUGUCGCUGAUCGACAGGUGUGUCACGGUGACUCACACUUUUGUCCCGCGCCGCGCUCUGCAGUCACUUUGCAGUCAUUCUUCUCGCCCUUGUCUCCUGUCACAGCAGCAAAACCUCCCCAUCCCGUGUGUGUGUGUGUAGCUGUGCACCGCCACCAUGUCUGAGCUGGCCAAAAUUGCAGAUAAUGUGGUGAAGAAGGCGGAUACCAAAUGUGAGGUAAAGAUGAGCAGCUUCUGGGCAGAGGGCAGCUGUGUGCUGUUCUUCAUGCGCCGCUUUGGAUGAAUGUUCUGCCGGGUGGCUGCCAAGGAGCUCAGCGCCCUGGCACCCCACCUGGCCAAGGCCAAUGUGCGUCUCAUCGGCAUUGGUCUGGAGGAGCUUGGCGUGGAGGAGUUCAUCGAGGGAAAGUUUUUUGAUGGAGAAUUGUAUAUUGACACUGACAAGAAAAGCUUCAAGGAUUUGAACUUCAAGAAACUUGGCUUCCUGAACAUGGUUCCUGCACUUAUUGCCAAAGUGGCUCGUGAUGCUGUGCGGAAGGGCAAAGCAUGGAAGGUUGGUGGAGACAUGAAGGGAGAUGGAUUUCAGAAUGGUGGGCUGCUUGUGGUGGCUCCCAAAGGAGAGAAGGUCCUGUUUGAAUUUAAGCAAGAUAACCCAGCAGAUCAUGCAGAUAACUCAGAUAUUCUACAAGCUCUGAGCAUAGAGGUUCCUACAGAUCUGAAAGAUGCGACUGCAGUUGACGAGUCAGUGAAAGUAACAGACCAGGAAUGUGAGGAGGCGUGUGCUAUGCCUGCUAAAGAUUAAGAUGAGUUGUAGAUUGGGAUUGGGAGCUGCAGGCUGUCUUGUUACCAAAGAGUAGAAGUGAACAAGAAUCUAUACGGAAUGUUUAAUGCAAUUUAUAUUAGUGUGCGCAUGUGUGUUGUUGCGGGUUUCUCGUAAAAGACACUGAUUAGUAUUUUAUUUGAUUAUAUUUGCAGUUAUUGCUAAUUGAUUUAUCUCAGGUUUGUUAUAAAGAGAUUGUAAUGAAACAGCUACAUGAAUAUUGAUAAUUAGUUCAAUUAUGUAAUCUGGCAUCUGGUUUGAUUUAAGCUUAUUUAAGGCAAUAAGGUAUUUAUGGCAGUGUUGUUGUCUUGUACCUGAUUGAAACUGCAACAAGUGAAACUGAUAGAGAAUAUUAACAAGCACUUGAGAUACUUGAGGCAGCCUCCAUUCUGAGGAAGAUGUGAAGAAUAACACAGGAGAUUAUAAAGCACAUAAAGAAUUAAACACUUUUAAACAAGGUCAACAUGUGAGAGAUCAUCUGAAAUACAGAAUCAUUACUAUGUAGAUGCUACUAGUAUUUAUGUGCCUUACAGUUUCCUUGUACAAGCUUGUAAUACACUGAAUUGUCUGUAGUAAUUGUGAGUACAGUAGCUGUUCCGAAAAUCUUUUACUGGCAGUAAGCUUAGAUGCUCAGGUGAGGGUCAACUUGUGUCACAAAGCUCAAAGUAGAAGGAUCACUUAUUUUUCUAAAGGGAAGUGAACUUUUCACGUCUUUAUUGCUUUAUUUUUGUAAGAGAAAGGGAAAAUUUAUUUCAAAACCGUAGCAAGUGUUUCUCUUGUAAUGAGGUAGAAAAAUUAUCCUUGAAAAGUAGAAAUCCAAGCAGGUUCACAUUCUUAGUAAGGUGUUUGAUUUGAAGCAUUGCUGUGAUGUGGAGAGAAGCAAGCAGCUGAAGGUUACAGGAGUUACCAGUUAUGUGUACGUGUGUGUGUCCAUUCACUUUUUAUUGCUGCUAAAUGUCUGACUUGCUCACAUUGCUUAUGUAGGUUUGGUUUUUGUGAUAAAUAUCUUUCCUUUCAGUCAGUGAUGGCAUUAAUUGAGUUGAGGAAGUAAGCAGACUGACAUAUUAAAUAAUCUUGGACUGAUUCAGUAGAGUAUUAGUAAUUGCUGCACAAUUUAGAAGGGCAUAUUUUCCUAUUGUUAUUUAGUGUAUGCAAAUUUUUUUUAUGAAUGACAUCUGCAGAAGAGUUAUUCAUCUUACUGAGGCUGAGUUGAUUUUGUAUACCUCAUAAUGUGUUGUGAAGUCUUUGGUUUGUAUGCAACAUGAUACAACUUCCAUCUGGUGCAGACAUCCACUCAUACGCAUUGACCUGCCAUAAUGAAGCCUCGUUUUGAAAUGCUUCGGUAGGAAACAAGGCGGAGGGUAGUGUAGCGUCAGUGUGUAUGAGUGAUGUUCACUGUGUAAGGAAUAUCAUUAAACUUGUGUCACAAAAA